UUUUGAGCAAGAUUAGCUGCGUCAACUUUUGUUUAAACAAUGUUUGUACGGACUAAAGACUUUGAAACCAAAUCACCCGCAACUUUAUUCGAAUGCGACAUGGAAGGCAGCGACAGCGGCGUGAACACAAGAAAAAAAAUUAAGAAAACGCCGAAGCGAGCGACUGGAAAGGUGAUCUGCCAAAGCUUUAUGAUCACGUACAAAGAUUACUUCCAGCACAGCUCUCUGCACGGCGUGCAGUACCUGGGCGAGGAGAAGCGGGCGACGAAAGAUCGUAUUUUUUGGCUAUGUGCGUUCGUACUGUCCAUCUGCUGUUGUGCCACGCUGAUCAUGAGCACCUACAACAAGUGGAACGAGACGCCGGUGAUCGUGAGCUUCGCGGAGAGAUCGACACCCGUGUGGAGUAUACCCUUCCCCGCCGUCACCAUUUGCUCGGAGACGAAGCGCGUGCUUCAAUCACAGAGCAACAAUACGUUUGCGAAUCUCUUCAGUCAGUACACGGCGGAGAAGCAUAACUCACAUGUUUUCCAGCCACCAAAUGUUACGUCCAAGGAAUUGGAAGAGUUUCGUACGAUGCUCCACGUGUGCAACACGCACAGCAUCCAGCAGGACAUGCCACUGAUUCCUGGUGAUGAGCUGGACUACGCCAAGGUGCUGGAGAGCAUGUUGCCGCCAUUCAACCGUUACUUCUUCUACUGCCGCUGGCUGAGCCGCUUCAACGAGUGCGACAAGUACUUACGGCCAACGCUGACCGAGGAGGGAAUCUGCUACACGUUCAAUGGUCUGCGACCCACGGAUAUCUAUCGGAAGGGCACCUACCAGUAUCACCAAUCCGCCGAGAACGUGUCUGAGUCGAAGUGGAGCCUGGACAAGGGCUACGAUGCGUCAUGCGAUGUGGAGACAUAUCCAGCUCGUGUGCUCAGCGCUGGCGCACGCUCGGGCAUCUUCAUGACAUUGCAGAGCUUUGAGCAGGAGGUGGACUACGCCUGCCGCGGACCCGUGCAGGGCUUCAAGGUGUUGCUGCACGCACCGGACGACGUGCCGCAAGUGUCCAAGCAGUUCGUCCGCAUCCCCAUGGGUCGAGAAGUGCUGGUAGCCGUAAAGCCAAGCAUGAUAACCAUGUCCGAGGGCAUUGCCGAGUAUGAUCCGCAGCGGCGACAGUGCUACCUCGGCCACGAGCGUCCGCUGCGCUUCUUCAAGGUUUACUCCGAGUCCAACUGCGAACUGGAGUGCCUGUCCAACUUUACGAUGGCCAAGUGCGGCUGUGUCAAGUUCUCGAUGCCCCGCAGUCUGGACAUGCCGGUCUGCAGCGAGAACAAAAUCCAUUGCUACCACAUGGCCGAGCGCGAGCUGUUGGUGCGCGAGUUUCACCGCGUUCGCAGGCUAAAUUCAAAAGACGCGUCAACGGACACCAGACCCCUGGAGACGGCAUGCAACUGCAUGCCCGCCUGCACUUCGCUCGUAUACAAUGCGGAGACUUCGCAGGCGAACUUCGAUUUGCAUGAAAUGCUGGCGGCCGAAGGAGACACCGAGUUCUUGCGCGACUAUCCCGGCUCUCAGAUGUCUAGGCUAUCCAUUUUCUUCAAGCAGAAUCAGUUCAUCACCUCUAGACGUUCCGAACUGUACGGCGUAACCGAAUUUUUGGCCAAUUGCGGUGGCAUCUUUGGUCUCUUUAUGGGUUUCUCAAUACUAAGCCUCGUGGAGGUGGUAUACCACUUUACAUUGCGUUUCGCUGUCAACCUGAAACAAAUGUACAAAGUGGACUCGAAGGCAACAGCCGAAUGUAAAAUUUGAACUUUUCAUU